AUGAGUAUUUCAGAAAGAAAAAGAAAGGAAAUGAUUUUAGAAAUUCCUCAACUAGCACAAUUUGAAGAUUUUGAAUUAUCGCGCAUUGCGACCUACAAUGAUCUCUAUUGGGAAAAGUUCCACUUUCAAUGCCCAAUUCUUCACUGCCCAUCAUUCCAAGCAGAAUCAGCACCAACCCCUCUGCUGCUAAGCAUUUUACUCAUUGGUGCAUCAUACACUCCAACUAGUGAAGAUUUCAAGACUGCUAUAGCUGCUCCAUUACGGUGGAUUAUCUUCAAAUCUUCCAGUUUUCAUCCUCCAACAAGAGUAUGGGUUUUGCAAAGUUUACUUUUAUUAGAAAUGUAUGAGAAGACACGUUCAAGCAGCAGACUCAUUCAUGAACGUGCACAUAUACACCAUGGGACUACACUUCAACUUAUUAGACGUGGAUCUACACUGUUAGAUCCUUCUAUAAAGCUUGAUCCAGAAAACAGCUCGACAUGGGUUGAAUGGGUUGAAGCUGAAUCUAUCAAGAGGGCAGUCUUUCUGGCAUUUGUUUUAGAUGUCUGUCACUCGGUAUUAUUUAGUCAUGGCCAAUUGCUUCACCCCAAUGAAUUGCAGUUGUCGCUUCCUUGUGAUGAUAGAGUAUGGGAUUCUGCUGAAGAUAAUAGAGAUCGAUUGAAUGCUCCCACUAUAUCGUUUAUUAGUGGCCUAAGAGGACUAUUAAAAGGGCAGCAUAUGAAUUUAGGGAGCGAACUUGGAAGGCUGGCACUUCUUUACGGUCUACUAUCACAUUUUAUUCAAAUAUCUAAUUUAGAUCUUGAGGCAUCAACAUUAGAUGCAGAAAUCAUUAUCCCAUUUCGCGAGAAAUGGGGUUUGGCAAUUGGUAAGGCGCUGAAUUUUUGGUGGAAAGAUUAUAACUCAGAAGAUCGGGCUGCUUCAGAAAACAUUCUCGAACAGCAGUUAAAUAAGAUGGACUAUUUGCAACAUUUUCAUUAUGCGUUUAUAUCAAUGACAACUCGAAGAUACGAACUUCAUGUAUUCUGUGGAGAUAGACGCAUUCUGGGGAAAACAACAAUCAGACAAGAUUAUUUGCACGCUGAAAGAUAUAUGAAUGAAUGGGCUAAGACCUCAGUAGCUCGGGAAGCGGCGUUUCACGCCUUGAAGGGUCUUAUAAGUGCGUUCUUGGAGAAUGGAAAGCCUACAAUGUACUCUGUUACAACCGACCCAUUUGUUCAUAGACCGAUGAUUAUUGCACAUUGUGCUUUGGUUUUCUGGGCAUAUGCUUACUGCUUGGAUGGUCCAGAAUCCAAUGUUCUAGCUCAUAACUUUAAUGGCAGUCAUUUAGAGGAUCAUGAGUGGGCUCUCGUCGCAGAAAGUGGUCUUGUAUUUCUUGAAAGAUGUAGUACUGUCUCAAGUCCACGAGAUUUAGACCACCUGAAAAAUAAGAAUAGAACUGUGGGGCUUCUCAAGUGGGUAAUGCUGGCAUUACGGGGUAGCGACUGGCCAUUACUUGUAGAAAUCUGCCAAAUGAUGGACAAUUGUGUGAAGAGGAGCCUUGGAUGGGAGGGGGCAGUAGGCAAUGAUCUGGAAUGUCGAAAUAUCCAGGUUGGAUAG